CGCGGGGGCGGUGCUUUGUCCGCGGCGGCCAGCAUGGAGGAGCUGAGCAGCGUGGGCGAGCAGGUCUUCGCCGCCGAGUGCAUCCUCAGCAAGCGGCUGCGCAAGGGCAAGCUCGAGUACCUGGUCAAGUGGCGCGGCUGGUCCUCCAAGCACAACAGCUGGGAGCCCGAGGAGAACAUCCUGGACCCGCGGCUCCUCCUGGCCUUCCAGAAGAAGGAGCAGGAGAAGGAGGUGCAAAGCCGGAAGAGGGGCAAGCGGCCCCGGGGCAGACCCCGGAAGCUCACAGCCAUGUCCUGCAGUCGCCACUCCAAGCUCCAGGAGCCCGCCGCCCCCUCCAAGUCCAAGUCCAGCAGCUCGUCCUCCUCGUCCACCUCCUCCUCCUCAUCCUCGGAUGAAGAGGACGAGAGUGACCUGGAAGCCAAGCGGGGCCCGCGGGGCCGCGAGACACACCCAGUGCCCCAGAAGAAGGCCCAGAUCCUCGUGGCCAAGCCGGAGCUCAAGGACCCCAUCCGGAAGAAGCGCGGCCGCAAGCCGCUGCCGCCCGAGCAGAAGGCCGCCCGCAGGCCCGUGAGCCUCGCCAAGGUGCUGAAGACGGCCGCUCGCAAGGACCUGGGCGCCCCCGCCGGCAAGCUGCCCCCGCCCCUCAGCGCCCCCGUGGCCGGCCUGGCGGCCCUCAAGGCACACGCCAAGGAAGCGUGCGGCGGGCCGGGCAGCGUGGCCUCCCCGGAGAGCCUGGCCAGCCUGAUGAAGGGCAUGGCGGGCAGCCCCGGGCGGGGCGGCAUCAGCUGGCAGAGCUCCAUCGUGCAUUACAUGAACCGCAUGAGCCAGAGCCAGGCGGCCAGCAGGCUGGCACUCAAGGCCCAGGCCCCCGGCAAGUGUGGCCUUGGGCUGGACCUCAAGGUAAGGACGCAGAAGGGGGAGCUGGGAGGAAGCCCCCCGGGAAGCAAGGUCCCCAAGGCCCCUGGCGGCAGCGGAGCCGGGGGGCAGGACGGGGGCGGGGCUGCGGGGGCCCCACACAGCCACGCUGGCAGCAAGACAGUGGCCCGCGCCCCGGGCCCCCAGCCCGCCCCCACCCAGGAGCUGAGCCUACAGGUGCUGGACUUACAGAGUGUCCGAAAUGGGGCCCCAGGGGGGCCCCUGGCUGCCCGCCAGGCCCCGUCUGCCAAGGGCGGCCCCGGGGUGCACGCUGCCAGCGGGAAGGGCGCGGGUGGGGGGCCCCCGGCGGGGAGCACGCCCGGCACCCCCACUGACUCCGGCAGGGGCGAGAAGCUGGCCUCCAGGGGGGCGCCUGUGUCUGCCCCCGCGGGCAAGAGGGACAGUGCGCGGGCAGCCCCCGGCCCCGAGGCCCCCAGCGUCCCCGGAGAGGCCCGCAAGGCGGCCGCGCUGUCGGAAGUGAGCUCAGCUGAGUCGUCCAGCAGCUCGGACUCGGACCCAGACCCGGCUUCGCCGCCCGGCGCCGGGCACAACCUGUCAGUGUCGGUGCAGACGAGCCAGGACUGGAAGCCGGCCCGCAGCCUCCUGGAGCACGUGUUCGUCACCGAUGUCACCGCCAACCUCGUCACCGUCACCGUGAAGGAGUCCCCGACCAGCGUGGGCUUCUUCAGCCUGCGGCAUUACUGAGCCCGCCGCGGCCGGUCUGCGCCCCGUGCCUCAGGGAACCGGCCCGGCUCUGGCUGCUCCUAGGCAGGCCGGUGGCGGUGGGGGGCUCACACUGCCCGGGCCUCAGCCUCCUGCUGGGCGCCUCUCCUCCCCGCCCCCACCCUGCCUGCCCAGCCUUAGAGCUGGGGUGCAGGCAGUCUGGGAAGGGGGUUCGCAUCUCGGCCCCCCACCUGUUUGGCCGGGUAGGAGGAGCUGUGUGACCCCUGGGGGUCCAGGCGGUGCCUCGGUGGGCAGAUCCCACCUGCCCUGACAAUCCCCCCACUUCUGGGGGCCCCACAUUUCUGCACGACAGAAUCCGGGGUGCAGUGGCCUCUGAGGCUUUGUGAUGCCAAAAAGGGGGUCGUAGGCUCGUCAGCCAGCAGAGACUGGGCCUGGGCGCCCCCGGCCCCUCACCUUCCACACCAAAAAGGAGCAGACCACAGGCUCUGCCACACAGCCAAAUCCACGCCCGCCCUGGGCCUGCGGAGGCACGCCCUGGGGUGCUGGCGGCUGGGUCCUGCUGCCUCCAUCUGGUGCCUUUGUGUCCCUGGUGGGCUGCUUCCGUCCCAAAGUUCGGGUCUGUGGGCACCUCCCUCCACCAGUGCCACACACUGUGACGUCUUUCUGCGUGCUGUGACCUCCGCAAAUGUUCUCCCUCUGUUGGGGACAACGUGAGCCCUUAAUCAAAGGAGUCCUGGGAGUUGCUGCUAUGGGUGGCCGGGUGUGGACUCUGGUGGCUUCCUUGGGCCACGCUGGUGGGUGCUGAGCGGGCCCUCUCGCUGCCAGAGAGGACCCGCAGAAGGGGCCUGCACCCCCUCCUGGGAGGGCUGGGCCUGUGAAUACAUACAAGCUUUGCGGGUACCAAAAAGAGUGUUCCUCAUUUGAGGCACUCACGGGUUCUGGCCGGACUAGAACGUCAAGUUGCGGAGAGCCAGACCGAGGGCCAGUGCCAUCUCUGGCGUGACCUGUGUCCUUGACUUAAAAAGCCAAAUCGUCCCUGUGGAGCCAGAGCAAUAGUACAGCCAGUGCAGGCGGGGCCAGCUUCCACCCGGACGCCCCACACCACCACCCCCAACCCGUCAGGAGUGGCCCCUGAGCAGUGCCCCAUUUGGCCCAAAAACUGUUCCUGUCCGCCACUCCUGAUGCUUUAAACUAUGCCAGCGUUCUCCAGAGAGGGAGAACAAAGGGGGCUGGUGCCGCCUUCCUCGCCCCCACCACCUCAGGACCAGGAACGACUCCCCAGGAACCCGAGGGUGAGCCGGGGUGCCAGGCCACCCAGAAUCUUCCUCAAGUGCAUCUAAAGAUUUGUGGAUUUUUCUAGUAUUUUUGCAAAACUAAUGCUAGAGCUAGAUUGCAGAUAUUUUUUAGUGGGAUGUUAAUUUAUUUUGCAGGGGAAAGACAUUAGCAAAUGGUCUCAGAAGAUCUUUGUCUCUGUUAACUCAGUAUAUCAAUAA